AUGCGCGCCUCGCCACCUACAUGGAUCAAGUUGUUGGUCCCGAUCAAGCGCACGGUCGAUUACUCGGUCAAAGUGCGCGUCGGGCCCCAGGGCGUCGAGACUGCCGGCGUAAAGCAUUCUUUGGUCAGUCGACAGCUUUGCGCGGCAUAUUCAGCCAGGGUUGGGAACUGCGACUAAUGCUCGGUGACCUGGCUAUGUAGAACCCCUUUUGCGAGAUUGGUGAGUCGGCGUGGGAGGGUUCGAUCGGUCGAGGAGAGGAAGCGUCAUCGGCAGACAUCGGCAGAACGUCGUCCGGGGCUACGAAGGCGCCAGUCCAUCGUUGGCCAAUGAUAUGCUAUCGAUCGACAUGCCAAAGUAACGGAGCAGCUUUGUCGUCUGGCGUGUUCUUCUCUCGAUGGCACAGUUCCAGACAUCCAGGCCAGGAUCUACUAAAAACAACACAAGCGCUGACACCCCACUUCUUCCCCCCUCCCCCCCUUUGGACGACCGGACCAUCCUCCAGCCGUCGAGGAAGCCGUUCGCCUGCGUGAGAAGCUCAAAGAGCAGAUCGAAUCCAUCACGGUCGUGACGAUCGGUCCUCCCAAAGCUGCCGACGUCUUGCGCACCGCAUUGGCGAUGGGCGCCGAUGCGGCGAUCCACGUCGAAGUCAAGGACGGUCAGGACGUGCAGCCUCUGGGUGUCGCGCAGGCGUUGAAGGCCAUCGUCGAACAGGAGAAACCGGACCUCAUCAUCCUCGGCAAACAAGCAAUCGACGAUGACUCGUCCCAGGUUGGAGGGAUGCUCGCCGGUUUGUUGGAUUGGCCCCAGGCCAACUUUGCGAGCAAGCUUGAGGUCGAGGGGGACAAGAUCAAGGUGGCGAGGGAGAUUGAUGGUGGGUUGGAGACGUUGACGAUGGCUUUGCCGGCGGUGGUGACGACCGAUUUGAGGUUGAACGAGCCACGUUAUGCGAGCUUGCCGAACAUCAUGAAGGUUCGUUCUGCUUUCUCUGCCCGGAUCUUUGGCUGCGGGAUCUCAAGACAGGGCUCCGGCGGACUGUUGGUCUCAUCUAUACGUGUUGACUCGUCUGAAUUUCAACACGGCGUAUAGGCCAAGAAGAAGCCGCUCAAGAAGAUGAAGGCAGAGGACCUCAAGGUGGAUCUGACGCCGCGCUUGGAGACGCUCAAGGUCGUGGCCCCGCCGGCACGACAGGGUGGUGCCAAGGUUAGUCAUCAGGCAAUUGCAAAAGGAUGCAAAACAAAGUAUCCCACUGUCCGAAAUUGAUGAUUCCCUCUUUUUGUGGUCAGGUCGGCUCGGUGGAUGAGAUCGUCAGUAAACUCAAGGAGGCUGGCGUGCUGUAA